AUGGCUCUCGAUGAGCCUGUUGGCAUCACCAAGUACUUCAAGAAGGAAUCCGAGUCUCCGCCGCCGAAACGGGAGCCCUCACCACCUCAUGAAUAUGUUCUAGCUGAUAAUCCAGACAUUGCAUUCAUUGUGAUGUUCCGCGCGCGUUUCCAUGAGGUCUUCCCGCGAUCGACGCCACACUUUGGACCCCAGGAUAUUGAGAGAGGUGUCGUGGAGCUUCCACCAGGCGAUUAUAUUGAGAGGCUAUUGUGUGCAUUGCUUGGUCUCGUGCUGAAUCGGAAGAAAGACGUUGACCGAGCCCAUUACCAGCGACCUCUUGAAGAGGCAAUUCAAACACAUGCCUCCCAAUGGCCGAAGGCUUGGCAAGGAAAAAAUCCCCUUCAUGGGGGUCGCACCUUUGCAACAAUGUCACCCGAAGAACGCUUGACCUUGUUGAAGUCGCUGAUUCUCUGGUCCCUUUCUUCAUCUGAAGCGGUUCAAGCCAAGAUUAAGGAAUCCUACAAGCAAGCUCGCCAUGAGGACGAUCUGAACCAGCCGCUUUCAGUCCAACCGUGGGGCCGUGACGGCCUGAAACGUCGGUACUGGCUGGUCGAGGGUUUGGAUGAUACACAUUUCAGGUUGUAUCGCGAGAGCAACCCUGCGCUUAAGAACGUUACGUGGUGGAGUGUAGCCGGGACUAUACCCGAGUUGAAAGCUGUCGCAGACAAGCUGGAUGGAGAGAAGAGUACACAUUCAAAGAAGCUCAGUGAGCGGAUCAAGAAUGCCAUACCUCGGUUUGAGGGCUCAGAGGAGGUAAGCUGCUGUCGCCCACGCCUGUGCUCUAACCUUUCAGUGACAAUUCGAAAGAAACGUAAAAGACGAGACUAUCGCAUUGCCCGCAAAGCCGCCUUCGCUCGACCAGAGCCCGGGUUUUCACUGUACGAAGGCCGCACUCGUGGCAAGAAGCUCAAGUACACAUAUUCAGAUGACGAGGAUAUCUUUUCCGACGAGUUUCCCUCGACAAGACGAUCGACACGGAACGCUUCCGGAAUCUCGACACCUGCAGAACCCGCGGGACCCAGAUAUACAGCAAGUGGCAGACAGAUACGCGCACCAGCGGGUGGUCUGUAUGGCGAGAGCCUCCUUAGUGGCCAGCGCGGGGAGGUGGACGAAGAAACUGGUAGGCCCCGAAGGACUCGGGGGACUCGCGCAAAUGGCUAUACGGACUACAACAUGGACGAGGAGUCGGAUGCUGGUCACUCCAGUGGAAACGAAUGGCAAGGGGGCGAGGAAGAGGAAGACAAUGAUUUCGAAGGCGACGACGAAGGCGAUUUGAGUGGAGACGAGUCGAUCAUAAACGGACAAGAUCGGAGUCUGGUGGUGCAGUUGAGAUACGGCAAGGGAAAAGUACCAAGCAGCCCUCACGGGUCUGUCGAGGAGCCGCCAGCGGAGAAACUUGAAAGUGCGCAUGCAGACACAGCAGACCCAUCAACGGCCCCUGAAACCCAGCCUAUGAGUCUAGUGCUGGACUCUGAGACCAACAGACAGAACGGUACCGCAGAGGCGCAAGCUCCGACUGUGGAUGUCCGGAAAAUGCCCAGCGUUGUGCUGAUGAACACAGCUACUGAUGAGCAGAAGAACAAUCCGCUGAAUGAGCUUAACGGUCAACAGCAGGAGACGCGUGACGGUGGUGAACAGCCUUCCGGAACCGAAUUGUCGCCAAAUCAAAUAGCUCCUGUCAACGCUCCAAAUGAGACGGGGUGA